UCAUUUUUUAACUCGAAAGCGAGAGCUAGUCUUGAACUACUUUAGUAAUAGCAUUUAAUAGGCUUAGCUUAUCUCUUUAAAUUUUUAAGUUUAAAACCGGACUGGAUUUAAAAGAAAAAAAAUCGAUUAAAUCCCUUGUGUUAUGUGAAGUCAAAAAUAAUUAGCAGCCAGAAGCGAUCAAAUGGAUUAUGGGUGGGAAAUCCAACUCUAUUUGCUUCUUUUUGUGUGCGUUGCAAUGUUUAUUUACAAGUAUGGCACAGAGUCUCACAAAGUCUGGAAGUCAGCUGGUGUCCCAGGGCCCCCACCCACCCCGUUCUUUGGAAACAUUCAUCAGUUGUUCAACGUUGAGAUCGGGGUCCGGUGUUCCGUUAAAAAGUGGCAGGAGAAAUACGGACGAAUAUUCGGAAUCUACUUUUUCCACAAGCCCGUACUGGUGGUCACCGACCCGGAAGCUAUGAAGCGUAUAUUUGUCAAAGAUUUCAAUAUCUUUGUGGACAGGUUCUUCGUGGGGGAAGGAAAGCUACAGCAUAGCAUCAUUCAGAAAACUUUGUUCUUUGCGCAAGGGCAUUCCUGGAAAAGGCUUCGCAAGAUGGUCAACCCGGCUUUCACCAGCGGCAAACUUAAGCUUUUGAUGGGAUACAUCAACCGAACAGCGGGACUUCUAAGCGAACAGUUGUUAGACUCCGCAAAGAAAGGUACCCCCGUGGAAGCUAAGACUGUUUUUGGAGCGUACGCCUUGGACGUCAUCGCAGGAACAGCAUUUGGACUGGACAUAAACUCCCAAAACGAUCUAAGUAAUCCUCUGAUACAACACGCACGGAGUCUAACCACAAUAGAUAAAAUAGUCCAGCUUAAACUAACAAUAAUUGGAAUAUUCCCGUCUUUGAUACCGGUGUUCAGAGCUUUCAAAAUUGGUUACUUCAGAUACAAGGACGUCAAAUUUUUCCGGGAAACGCUUUUAAAAUUAAUUUCCGAGAAAAAGCACACGAAAUCUGAACAGUCGGACUUACUUCAGCUUCUCAUGGACGUUGAGGCCGAUCCUUCUGAUGGGGACGUGCUCUGUCAAAAACUGAGCGACGAGGAAGUCGCCGCACAGUGCCUGCUCUUCAUGAUAGCCGGCUAUGACGCCACUUCCUCCGCGCUGCAGUACUUCUUCUACGAGCUAGCCAGGUAUCCACAAAUCCAGGAGAAAAUUUACUCGGAAGUCAUGUCUGUCUUGGGUGAAGAUGAGGAGCUGUCGUACGAAAGUUGCCUGAAGAUGAAGUAUCUGGAAGCAGCGGUGGAGGAGAUUUUAAGGAUGUAUCCUCUCCUGCACACUCUCACCAGAAACACUGUCAAAGAAACCACCCUGAACGGUAUGUUCAUCCCUGCCAAUAGCGCCGUGCUUAUCCCGGCCUACAACGUUGGGCGAGAUCCUGAAUUUUUUCAUAACCCAGACACUUUCAUUCCGGAGCGUUUUCUUGAAUCUUCAAAACAUGACAUCAACCCCGUGACAUUUAUUCCCUUCGGCUACGGUCCUCGCCAGUGCAUCGGCUUAAGGCUAGCCAUGAUGGAACUGAAAAUCGCCAUAGUUCACGUGCUCAGACGCUUGAGAAUCUCCAAGGCAACGCCGGAAGUUCUGGAAAUAGAAGACUACUCCGGUGGUUUGGUGUCCAAGAUUCCAGUCCAAUUAUUUAUGGAAGUGAGAUCUUGAAUGAUAUAGCUAAGUCAAGCCAUGCUUCUUUUUCAGAGCGAUGUUCGAUAAUACACACACAAAGAUAUGUUUCUAAGUGGCUAACAUUCUCUUCCAGACAGAAACUAAGUAGAAUUGUUGUCAUAGCGUUUGAGUUGUAAAAAUGUUGCAUCGCGCAUCGUCAAAAUGGCGGAACAAUUGUCUUUUUUUUUUUAAUCAAAUAAUUUUAAGUCUAAGCCUAAGUCGCUAAGAUAAUAAAGUGAAAUCGUGAUAAAAUGAUAAUCUUAAUGGAGUUGACUUUUUCAGGCGUUCAGUAAUGAAUAGUAUUGUAUCAUAUCCCACAUUUCCUGAACGACUGUAGUGAAAGGGUUCAAACCCGAGACCAUUGAGAAGACAAUACAGAACCAUAGUUAAGUAUACAAAGUAGUCGCGUACACUUCGGUAAAGGAAAAAUUACUUUGUACUCAUUAAUUGGACCAAUCAAUUUGAUGUGUACGAUCUCUGGUGGCUACAUUCUAUACCUCGUUGGAUCUUCACUAGAGCGUGACAGAGGAUGAUAUCUGCUUAGUAUUUGACCUACUAUUAGCUUGAGGGCAAGACAUGGCCUGAAUUGUGCCGAUGUGAAAAAAAAAACCAAACUAUUCAACUAUUAGCUUAAAACAAAAUGUGCACAGACAGAUAUUAUUCCAGUUUUCUUUGUGUGCCUUUGUGUUCAAAGAAAAUGUAAAGCCUCCUCCCUACUUAGUGUUGUCAUGAAGGAUUGAUACGUUGUUGUUUUAGUUUUCACAAGAUUAAAAUCUGUUGGGCAUAAACAUAA